UUGCGCCUGGGGUUUUCAUUAGUUGAGUGUCUGUUUUGUUGAGCCAACGUUUUCGUAAUCCCGUCAUUUCUUGACAGUUGACUAAAUCAAAUAAUGAUGGUUAAAAGGGAAAAAAAUUGGAAAACUACUGCUACAGCUAACUGGCUUAGCUAGGUAGCACCGUCGAUAUGCUGUUUAUAAGACGUAGCCUAGACACUGCGUCAUUGCUAAUGCCGCCAUAUUGCAUUGGGUGUUCAUGGCCUGUUGGGUUCAGUUCAUAUAGUAGAAAAUGCCAGGCUUUUGUGCUGCUUUUGAAUUUUCUAAUGAAAAAGUACCUAAGCAACAGGAAAUAAGAGUUACCAGAAUCUUCUUCCAGUUGCAUCCCUCCAUACAUCUCCAUCUGUGAGCAUGUGUGUGCACAGUGAUCAGGGGACGGGCGAACGCGUGGAUACUACUCCACAGGACUGGAUGCAUUUGGCAUCACGGAAGGAAAACGCACACACUAAAAAGAGAACUGGGCGGACACAAACUGCUGACGACUGAGCUGCAGGCAGACACUGGGGCAGAGUGCGGAGGAGUAAGCAGGCAAGACAGCACACAAGACCUGACUGAUAGCGCCAAUGGCGAGCAAUAACACAGCCAGCAUUGCACAAGCCAGGAAGCUGGUGGAGCAGCUGAAGAUGGAGGCCAACAUUGACAGGAUAAAGGUGUCAAAAGCUGCGGCGGACUUAAUGUCAUACUGUGAAGCCCACGCCAAAGAGGACCCUCUGUUAUCGCCGGUGCCUGCGUCAGAGAACCCGUUCAGGGAGAAGAAGUUCUUCUGUGCCAUCCUGUAAACAUGCCGUGGCACCUUCAGCAGUCUGCUCAGUGUGGGACUUUGAACAUGGACGUUCAAAAUACAUAGAAGUCUUCAUGUAGGAAGGCACGGCAAUUACUGCCCCCUUUCUCCAAUGCACCUAAAGAGUGCAAAAAUUAAAACCACAGAGAUAACAUAUAACCAUUCAAGGGGUUGUGAUUGCUUUGUUGAGCAGUGUUGCAGCAUGUUGAAGGGGUCUGUGCUUUUAGAUGACACAAAAGAAAUGAUGUUGAUGAGUGUGAUGGUAAGAUGUGAUGGACAACCAGUCAGCCUAUCAACUUUUCAGGUUGUGAUGUGUAUAAAACAAAAAAAACAAAAACAAAUGAGAAUAAAAAUAACAAUGUGAUUCUUUUGGGACUUCCAGAUGUUCAUUUAAAUGGUUUGUGGGCUGAGCACUGUAGGACAGCAAAUGAAAAUACGCCUACCACUAGAUGCCACCUGAUUAUUGGAAUGUUUUUUUAAGUUGUUUAUGUUUAUUUCAACUUUACUUAUCACCGAGAUAGCUUUCUAUAACUAUGUGAUUACUAAGACUGCUCUGUUAUUGUU